UGUCUAAAGACGUCGAUCAAAGGCACAGCCUGCACGUUUGGCGAUCUGAAUUGCAUGUGUGCAGACGACAAGUAUCAAGACGUGGCUACAACAUGUGUGAAGAAGGCCUGCAAGAUGUCGGACUCGCUAACGACCAAGAACCUGACGCAAACUGCCUGCGGCAUACCCAUGCGUGAUGUUUCCGCGCAAUACACGUCCAUGAACAUCACCUCGGGCGUGCUCGCCAUCCUCAUCGUCAUCGCCCGCCUGGUGUACCGGCGCUUCCUCAGCGGCAGCGGCCGGCUCGGCGUCGACGACUGGAUCAUCCUGGCCGCCAUCAUCAUCGCCGUUCCAGGGACCGUCCUCAACCAGGUCGGCCUCGUCGACCACGGCAUCGGGAUGGACAUUUGGACGCUGCAGCCGAGCGAGCUGCCCAUGUUUGCAAAGUUCUUCUUCAUCAUGGAGCUCAUCUACAUUGUCCAGAUGUCGCUGGUGAAGCUGAGCCUGUCCGUCUUCUAUCUCUACGUGUUCCCUGGACACAAGAUCCGACGGCUGCUGAUUGGCACGGCUGCCUUCAACGUCGUCUUUGGUGUCGUCUUUGUGGUGGCUGCCUUGACGCAGUGUAUCCCGCUGCACUACUACUGGGCUCAGUACUAUGAUGACCCCCCGCAGGGAAGAUGCUUCGACUUGAACAAGUUUGCUUGGGCCAAUGCUGGGCUGGGCCUGGCGGUGGACGUGUGGUUGAUUAUCCUGCCCAUGUCGCAGGUCAGGAAGCUCAAGCUGCACUGGAAGAAGAAGAUUGGCAUCAUCAUCAUGCUUACCCUCGGUGCCUUCGUGUCCUUGAUCUCCCUCGUACGUCUCAAGUCGGUCAUGUUCUUCGCCAACCUCAUCAACCCAACCUGGGAUCAGUGGAACGUCGCCUGGUGGUCCACCAUGGAGGUCAACAUUGGCAUCAUCUGCACAUGCCUUCCGACUCUGCGCCUCAUACUCAAGUGCAUCUUCCCCAAGCUU